AUGUUCUGCUCUGUCAUUACCUGUUCGUCGAAACCCAUGUGCGGUGGUACUUCGAUAAAAUUCACCAAGCUAACAUUUCGUAUCUACUCACAAACCCCUCAACUAUCAUGGCUUCAUCCACUUCUCCUGUCCUACCCAUCUUCUUUUCGCUCUAUUGAGCUUGCGUCAAUAUACAGGUUGCUCUUUGUCGCUCGUUGUCGUGGAUAUGCAGAAGUGUGCAGCGGCCCCAUUACUCAGCUGAGUGCGCUGACAUUGCCUAAUAAUGUAGCACAGGAGACACUCAACCAUCUGCGCACUCAUCAUUUAUAA